AUGGGCAAUCGACAUCUAACCAUUAGUCCCCUGCCUCCUGGCUAUUUUGUCAUCACAUUUCGUCGGCCAGAUCUUAUAUGGUUAAGUCAACCACCACCAGGACUGCGAGAUCUAGUGCAUCAAGCAAUUCUGAAUAACUGGAAGGAUGGAAUUAAGUGGGGGAAACACUACUCUUCUAACAGUCAGCAGGAUCAUGUGAGACUUACGCGUAUCCACACCAAACAUCUGCGUAAUGCUCAAACUAACUUUUAUCAUAGAGAAAGGGAUUUAACAGAUGGCAUGGAUUUAAAUAAUGAAGAAAAAACAAGUUUGAGACAUGAAGAUGAUACAUGGCUUGAACAUGAAAAUGGUUCUAUAAAUGUUCAUGGAUCUACCGAAGAUAUUGAAGGUGGUGGUCAUGGUAGUGCAAAGUUUAUGGCAGAUCGAAAAAUAACAGUUGGCCAAGAGAAGACGGGAGAAAAAGUUAAGUCCAUAAAAAAGCAUCGAGAAAUGGCUUCCGUGCUGUGUGAGCAAAGUAUUUAUUCUCAAGAGCUACUCAGCCUCGAACAAACAAAUGAAAGUUCGUCGAAAGAAGAUAGUACUCAACCUUUUCGCUCAGCGAGCUUGGCAAAAUGUUCGAGAAAAGCAAGUAAUUAA